UAUUUGCGCUUUGCGGCUAAGAAGUUUGUUAGGCAUCAAGGCGAACACAGCUGUGCCCCACUUGGAUUUUAGGCCAAUUCCCCAUUCAGAAAGCUACAAAACCGCGCGGUUCAAGCUGCAAAACACAGCCUUUCUUAGCCCGCAUGUGCAUUGGUGGCCUUAUGGUCUCCAGCCUCCCAUCCCAUCUCCCCAAAACACUAUAAAUCCCCCUCACCCCUCCCCAUACCUUCACUCAACUGCGUCACAUUUUUCUCUCAGCUCAUAUUUUCACACUUCUGAUCUUCAUGUGAUCUUCUUCUCCCUCUCAUAUUUUGAGCAUACUACUCUUAUGAAUUUAAGAAAACACAAUGAAGGAAAAAAAAAAUAUAGAUGCUACCAUUUUGAGUUUAUGUUUUAUACUUGGAGGCUUCAGCCUAGUGCUUAAUGUUUAAUUACUUGUGUCCAGGAAAAUGGCUUUUGCUGGGUUUUUGGUGUUGGGUUUUCUUGCAAUGGUCUCAGCUGUUCAUGGAUAUGGUGGUGGCUGGAUUAAUGCACAUGCUACAUUUUAUGGUGGGAGUGAUGCUUCAGGAACAAUGGGAGGAGCUUGUGGUUAUGGAAACCUGUACAGUCAGGGUUACGGGACAAAUACUGCAGCUUUGAGCACAGCUUUGUUCAACAAUGGGCUGAGCUGUGGGUCUUGCUAUGAGAUUAAGUGCGUGAAUGAUGGCAAGUGGUGCCUGCCUGGCUCCAUUGUGGUAACAGCCACCAAUUUCUGCCCUCCAAACAAUGCUCUCCCUAACAAUGCAGGAGGCUGGUGCAACCCUCCUCUGCAACACUUUGACCUUUCUCAGCCUGUCUUCCAACACAUUGCUCAAUACAGAGCUGGAAUUGUGCCUGUUGCUUACAGAAGGAUACCAUGCAGAAGAAAGGGAGGCAUCAGGUUCACAAUCAAUGGCCACUCCUACUUCAACCUAGUCCUCAUCACCAACGUUGCCGGUGCGGGUGAUGUACAUGCUGUGGCCAUCAAGGGUUCCAGGACCGGUUGGCAGCCGAUGUCUAGGAACUGGGGUCAGAACUGGCAAAGCAACAACUAUCUCAACGGGCAAAGCCUCUCAUUUAAGGUCACUACAAGUGAUGGCCGUACUGUGGUAUCCUACAACGUUGCUCCAGCCGGCUGGUCCUUUGGGCAGACCUUCACUGGAGGCCAAUUCCGCUAGAAGAAGACUUUCUUUUCCUCCCUCUUUACCGUUGUAUGCUUUUAAAUUAAAAAAUACUACACACCAAGCAUCAAAAUUUGACUUUUAGCAUACCUGGCUAGUAGAUUAUAUUAUAUUUAU